AUGGACAUCGAAAAGAAGGGUCGGCUCUCUCUGUACGGAGUAUUCAAAGAGGUGUUCAACUGGUACCCGUCCGAGUACCCAGCUGCGGAGCGAAAGCUCCUAUUCAAGCUCGAUCUCUCCAUCUUGAUAUUUGCGUGUCUAUGCUUCUUCGUCAAGUAUUUGGACCAGACAAACAUCAGCAAUGCCUAUGUUAGCGGCCUGAAGGAGGACUUCGCCCUCAAUGGGAACGAGCUCAACUACUUCAAUGGGUGCUACUACACAGCAUACGUUAUCUUCCAGAUCCCCGGGCUACUGCUACUUUCCAGGCCGCAACUCGCACGAUGGCUUCUGCCUACGCUCGAAGUCUUGUGGGGUAUCUGCACUUUCGCACAGAGCAGAGUCACGAACGUCCAGCAGCUGUACGUCUUGCGAGUCCUUGUUGGGAUGCUGGAGGCCCCGGUAUUUGCUGGGACACAUUUCAUCCUUGGUUCUUGGUACAGUGGUCCCGAGCUCUUCAAACGGGCCGGGACGUGGUUCAUAUGUAACCCCCUCGGGACAAUGGUCAGUGGCUAUCUGCAAGCCGCUGCGUACACCAACCUAUCCGGCGUGGGAGGCAUGCCGGGGUGGAGAUGGCUAUUCGUUAUCGACGGCAUCUUCACUAUCCCAAUCGCUCUAAUCGGCUUCAUAAUCUUCCCCGGUAUCCCCGAUUCACCUCGCCCAUUCUACCUCACCGCCGACGACACCGCCCUAGCCAAGAAGCGCCUCGAGCGGGCCAAGAUCCAAAAGCCAGGGAAACUGGGUCUCGAUGUCUUCAAGCGGACCCUGAGACGCUGGCACAUCUACGCCUUCGUAUUCUGCUACAUCUGCAUGAUCAUCUCCGGCUACGCGCUGAGCUACAUGAACCUCUGGCUCAAAGCGGAGGGCUUCUCCGUCGUCCAGAUCAACCAGCUGCCAACGGUGGAGUACGCCAUCCAGAUCUUGACCUCGUGGGUGGGCACCACGUUGGCGGCGAUAUAUCCGUCGUGGAUCAUAUUCUCGGGCAUGACGGCUUGUGUUACGUUUUCGUUCAUCUGCAUGAUCGUGUGGAAAAUCCCCACAGCUCUCAAAUUCGUGGCUUGGUAUGUCUUUGGUCUGGCCGGCUGUAGCAGUCCUAUCCUGUACUCGACAGUCAACACCGUCGUGAAGAACGACUCGGAGGAGAGGGCGCUCAUCCUGGGUGCGAUGAUGACCUUCGGCUAUUCGUUCCAGAUCUGGGUCCCGCUCCUGUUAUAUCCCACCGUUGGGCCAGUGGGCGCUCCUAGGUGGCCGAUUGGGUGGCCUGUGGGCUGGGUUUUCUACCUCCUGCUGUAUUGCGGGUUCAUUACUGCGAUUCUGCUGCAUAAGCGAAGCACGUUGAAAGCUGAAGAGGAUGAUGAGACGGAGUCAUCCGCUGUGGAGGAGUCGGUUCUCUUUCCGACUGGUGCCCAGUUCAAGGAGUAG